AAAGGUUCUUGGCCAACAAGUUGGCAAUUGCUUAAACUGUUAAACCCAAAAAAAAGAAAAAGAAAAGUUGGGUUAUCAGCGCGCCAAUCCCUAAUACGUUGGGAACGAAAAGACAAUCUGAUCACCGAUUGAUUUGAGGCUAUGGAAAUGUUGAUGGAUUCAAGCCAAGCAGAACACAGCCUUCUCAGCUCUGUGACUGCCUCAGAAAGAACUCUGAAUCCAUAUGUCACUGGUACGUCUGUAGUUGCUAUCAAAUACAAGGAUGGAAUUCUUAUGGCUGCUGACAUGGGAGGUUCUUAUGGAUAUACCCUGCGAUACAAGAGUGUUGAGCGAUUGAAGCCAGUUGGAAAACAUUCUCUUCUUGGUGCAAGUGGAGAAAUUAGUGAUUUUCAGGAGAUUCUACGUUAUCUUGAUGAGCUAAUUCUAUAUGACAACAUGUGGGAUGACGGGAACUCUUUAGGUCCUAAAGAGGUGCACAGCUAUUUAACCCGAGUGAUGUAUAAUAGGCGUAACAAGUUCAAUCCACUAUGGAAUUCACUUAUACUUGGUGGAGUGAAAAAUGGACAGAAAUACCUUGGCAUGGUCAGCAUGAUAGGCGUAAAUUUUGAGGACAACCAUGUGGCCACUGGAUUUGGGAAUCACCUUGCAAGGCCAAUUCUUCGUGAUGAGUGGCAUGAUAACUUGAGCUUUGAGGAUGGUGUUAAGUUGCUGGAGAAAUGCAUGCGUGUACUCCUAUAUCGUGAUACUACUGCUGUCAACAAGCUCCAGAUAGCAAAAAUCACUGAAGAAGGUGUAACCAUUUCUCAGCCAUACUCACUGAAGACUUUCUGGGGUUACUCUGCUUUCCAGAAUCCAACAGUAGGUGCUGAAGGGUCAUGGUAAUUGACCAUGACCAAGUAGGAGUAUAAUUGAGAUGUGACACAUGUUUAUGUUUACUCAAACUAUGAACUUGUAAGGGUGUUGAUAUUUUUGUUUCAGGCUUGAUAUGGUGACUGGCUGGGCAGUGACAAAAAUGGAGUAAUCAAAUAAAUUUGAACUAUAUAUGCCAAUCACUGUUUGGUUCCCUCUA